GCACCGUCCGUCCCUCCGCCCGCGCCGCCGCGUUCCUCCGGCUCUUUUCCUUUAACGCUCCUUCGUUAGUACGUCCUCCGCCGUCCGCGCGUGUUCUCCCGUCACCGGGGAGAGAACAGCUCCGCUGCCACACCGUCCGUCCGUCCGUCCAGCCGUGCCGCGCCACCACGCGCCUCGUCGUGGCCGCUCUCGCGCGCGCGUUCUCUUCCUCUCUCUCUUUCUUCCUCUCUCUCUCCCCGACGUCGUGUAUCAAACCGUGGUCGCGCGCGCGCGCGCCUAACAAGGCGCCAACCAUUCGCCAUUGAAGCAACCGAGUACAAUUUGCGAUGUGUGAUAAUACUAACACGACGACGCAGAGUAUAGCGGACUACCUGUCACAGUUGCUAAAGGACCGGAAGCAGCUGGCCGCCUUCCCAAAUGUCUUCAUACACGUGGAGCGUCUGCUGGACGAGGAAAUCGCGAAGGUGCGGGCGAGCCUUUUUCAAAUCAGCGGAGUGAAAAAGGAGCCACUGGUCCUGCCGGAGCCGGAGGGCGAAAUCACGACGCUCAUGGAAAAGGUCUAUGUACCUGUCAAGGAGCAUCCAGAUUUCAACUUUGUCGGGAGGAUUCUGGGGCCACGGGGUAUGACCGCGAAACAACUCGAGCAGGAGACAGGAUGUAAAAUCAUGGUCCGCGGCAAGGGGUCAAUGAGGGAUAAAAAGAAGGAGGAACAAAAUCGGGGCAAGCCAAAUUGGGAACACCUGACGGACGAAUUGCAUGUGCUGCUCACUGUCGAGGACACCGAGAAUCGUGCCACUUUGAAGCUCGCUCGAGCCGUGGAGGAAGUCAAGAAGCUUCUUGUGCCCCAGGCUGACGGCGAGGAUGAGCUUAAGAAGAGACAGCUGAUGGAACUCGCCAUUAUCAACGGCACUUACCGGGAUUCGAACACGAAAGUUGCCGCCGCGGCAGCUUGCGACGAGGAGUGGCGGCGAGUAGCCGCAGCCGCGGCGGAGACGCAACGUCUGCUGCCUGGCCUGGCGACGCCGAUGCGGACGCCGAGCGCUCCCCUGGGCGCACCGUUGAUCCUCUCGCCGCGAAUAUCCGUGCCGACCACCGCCGCGUCCCUGCUGAACGGAUCCGGUCCGCCCGGCUCGCUCCUGUCGGCCGGCGAUCCGCACGGACUCAUCUACACGCCUUACACGGACUACGCCAACUACGCUGCCCUGGCCGCGUCGCCGUUGCUCGAAUACGCCACUGCGGAUCAUUCUGGUGGGUUAUUUGCUCGUUGAAUCGACACCGAGUCCCGCGACCGAAAAUUAGACCGCGGGGGACUUGCGGCAUGCCCCUCCUCUCUCUCGCGCUUUGAAAAGCAAACUUGGAAGCUUCUUGUGUGAAACACGCGCGUGAAAAGCGCCUUGUGAAGAAAGAGGGAGAGAGAGAGAGAAAGAGAGAAAAAAAAUUUGUAUGCACUUGUGUGCGCACACACUCGAGAUGGAGGGGACGAAGCCGUGCGCGCUUUUAUUUUUUUCUUUCUAUUAUAUUAUUAAUACCGUUGCAUUACUAUUAUGUGCGUCGCACGUGGCACACGUCGUUGGUGAUUGGUGACUCUCUCUGCUUAUGCGCAGCGUCUACGACACUAUCGUAUUCUUCUUUCUUAAUCGUCUUUUUUAAUCCUGUCUUGUUAGAUCAGACGAGUAACACGGAUAAUUGACAACGAGGAUUGACAGGAAAUUUCUUUGAGAAACAAAGGUACCGGUCUUUAUCGAUCUUUAUUGGAUAAUUCUCGGCGCUAAUUGUCGUCGUGUCCGUGUAUAUAUAGCUCCGAGAAAGAGAGAGAGUGAUCGCCAUAAAAGAGUUGUUCGUCUAACGUUUGCCUAGUGUCAAUUUUUGCGUCAAUUUUAUUAUCGUCCAAGUUAAAUUUGGAAAUUAGUUAUCACAGUGAGAGAAACGAGGUCGGAUAUUAUUAUUAUGUUAUCGUGACGUCGACGAUCGCAGGCCGGGAGCGUCACCAAUGUAACGUAGCGCGUAUACAAUCAAGUACAGAUCGUAAGACGAUAUUUGUUAAUUACGGGCUAAUUGCUCUUGUAGCCAUUAAUUUUUAUUGUCCACGUCACAUUGUCAUAAUUAUCAUCAUCAUCAUCGUCGUCGUCAUCGUCUUCAUCGUGAUCGUCAUCGUCAUUAUUAUCGUAGCAGUUAGAGUAAUUUUUGGAAGAUAGCUUAGAGUAUAGAAAACGCAACCGAAAUCAGUCAUUUACUAGUCGCGUCAGUUGAGAUAUAAUAAUUACGUAAAGAGCCUUAGCGUAACGUAUACGCUUUCGGGAUAAUUAUAUCACAAAGAUUCAGGGUUAUCGUAGAGCGAUAGAGCGGCAGGAACGCGAAAAGACGACUAGGUUGUUGUAUUUUGGUAAAGUCUUAUCAGGAACGCGGUAUGUAGAAGGACAAGAACGGAUGCAUAGUCGUCGUAUUUGCUGUAGCGCGUUGUGGAUGUAGCUAUACUAGUCUGAAAAGCUUUUUUUACGUCGAGUCGAGAGCGUUUACGCGUCGUGCUCGGGAAUCACUUUGGACGUUGCGAGAAAACCGCGAGCUGUCCAAGAUGCAAGAAGAAAACACCAGUUCCCGGUAUCCUCACCAGCAUCCGAAAUACCUUGCGCAGGGUGAUUACGAGUGUCUUUUAUCGACGCGCUGAUCGCCGAUACGCCUUUCUUCCUCGUGUUACAAAGUUACAUCCAGUUACCCGAUGAAUGCUCGCGCAUUCGCGUAUCUCAUUCGCGUAUUUUUUUUACGUAGAAACGCACACGAUCGAUGAGGCAGAGAGAAAGAGAGAGAUCCGUAAACGCUCUUAUGCGUUGUUCAAUGCAAUAAUCAAAGGCCAUUCAUUGUUGUAGCUAUUUUGCGUAAACGUACGUUUUUCGAGAGUGUGAAUAUUUAAAGAGAGAACAUGUUCUACAUCUUCUAUACGUACACAGACGUAUACACACACACAAUGUACACAUACAUAUAUUUAUUGAAGUAGAUAUUUACGUUGUAUAUUAGAUAGGUUCUUUUCUAUAGUUUCACGUUUAGAGCUCGAGUUGCUUGGAAUUAUGACGACGAAACGGAUGCGUGUAUCGUCGUACAAUGCACACGUAGACUGUAAGACGCGCAGUUUGUAGAGGCGUUUCUCCUGACUAAAACGAACAACUUUUUUUAACCAACUUUCAUCAGUGACCCGUCUGAGUAGUGAUGUCUAUCGAUGUGACAUCAACACCGCGAACUCUAACCCGCGUUUUUCUUUCUUCUUUUUUUUUGUUCUCUUUUCCUUUGUCUUGCGCGUUUUCUCAGACGCUUGAAUUACCGUGUAGUUUAGCGACGGUCGCAACUACGCAAAGUACCACUAGAAUCCCAAUGAAAUCCCUCGGGUUGAUCUAACACCCUAAAGCGUUAACGCGACUAAACAACUAAUAAAACUCGAUCCGUCCACCUCUCCUACGAAACUCACUCCACUCGUUAUUCGUACUUUGUUCUUCUCUCUUGCUCAUUCCGUCUGUCCGAGAACGGGAGCCGCACCAAACUCUUCUAAUUAUGUAACACCUCUGCAGUGACGAGCCUAGCGGAGUAAUUGCGCGUAACGCGCUUAGCGCAACGAUACUUAUCUAAAACGGGAAAAAGAUCAGCGUCAAGAAGAAGAAGAAGAGGAACGCUCGUUUUAAAUGAGACUCUUGUAGCGCUAGCUCCUUCUGGUCUUUCUUCUGUUAUUUUUCUAUUUAUUUAUUCGAGAAGACGUAAUCGCGCGAGUUUAAGGAAAUCAAUCGGGAUCAAUCGGCCGUGGAUCGCAUCGAUAGCGAUCGGAUUAGCAAACAGUUUUUAGCGAGAACGUGUCUCGUCAAUUCGAAUACGCACCGGAAUCGCGAAAUCGCGCGGACACAUGCCAUAUAACGUUACGAUAUGGCUGGUGAUAGGUAGUCUAUAUACGUUAUAUAUACAUUUACGUAGGGUUUUAUAGGUAGACGGUAGGUGGAGGGAGAUUAUAUGCCCAGGGACCAAACAAUAUUUUUCGAGGACUGAUGGUUCUAGCGUUUACUCGUAGCGAUUCAGACGACAAAACGUACACACAAGACUAUGCGUUGAAAAGUAUUUUUUCUCUUUAUUCCUCUUUAUUUCGCGUUUUCUUUUCAUUCAUUUUUUGUGUUUCUUUUUUCUCAUUGCGCGUCCACGCCCCCCACACAAAUGCAACCAAGGAGAAUUGAGAAUAAUUAACGCAUACAUAUUUAUACAGAUUGUUCUGUAGGUACGCAAUACUCUUUUUAAUGGCGUAGUCUUUAAGCAACAUUGAAGCAUGACGUUAUGCGCUGCAAGUUAUAUUAUAUUAUUUUAUAUGGUUAUUUAAUUUUAUUUUUAUAAAGAUUUAGAGCCAUAUAUAUAUUUAUAUUUAUAUACAUGAGGUUAAGGGCCGAAGCAACGGGUAGGCAUAAUUUAAUACUCAUUAUUGUUGCAAGCGAACAUAGAGAAACGAGAUACAUUUUAGCUUUCGCGAUAAAGACUUACCUGAUUUCUCAAGAAAAAAUCAAAAGCGAGUGGGAGUCCGGUAUCGAUAGAUCUUGUCAAGUAUUUAACGAAACUUAUAUGUACAUACGUCUCUCGUGUACCUAUAAGCGUGGAUAAUUAAAAAGAAAUGUCGAGAUAGGUUUGUCUGAGAAAAGUAUAGUAACUAGCAAGUAAGGAAAAUAAAUAAGUAAUGAAGUAAGCAAGCAAAUAAUCAAGCAGCUAGCAAGCAAGCACGUGUCUCCGACGAAGCCGUCUCUCGCUUCUCUCCGAGGAUGAAAACUUUGUUGACAUGGAUAUUUUGGGGACACACGAUUUCACUGACACAUACAGUAUUCUUACAGAGUAUUCUGGUGGAACGAGCAAGUUUGUAUCUGCUGCUACCACCACGUCACAAGCCUGGAGAGCACGAGCGAGCGUGAGCUACGAGAAUGCAACGAAACCAUGUCUAAAUUUCGUUCGCAAACGAAAUCGCGGUAGCCGCAACCGAAAUAUCGUUCGGUAGCCAAAUUUACGCGAGGCGUUAGCAACAAAAUUUAUAAACGUGGGAUAUGUCAAUCGACAUUGCGUCAUUGCAAAUCUCUUAUUAAACGCAUAUUUAUCGGGGUUAAAUCAGACAAUCUGACAUGAGUUUGCGACUUCUUCAAAUCUCUGUCUCGGUAUCUCGGAUCUUGGAGCAGCGACGAAGCGCGCGGGAAAAAAUCGGACAUUUAAUUUAACAGCUGCUGCAUUCUCCGGUCCGUUAACUUUGGAGAGAAAAACUUGAAUGAUCAAACUCGUAGCUCGCGCGUGUCGAUCGUGUUGCCGCAGGCAACGGUCAGCAUUAAACCAUGUUUACGGCGCCGUUACGAAGGCACGAAAUGUGCCUUUUGGGGCGAAAGUGAGAUUCGCUCUCGCGCGAGUGCACGCUUCGUAACGACGCCGUUGGAACCCGUCGGAAUUGAUUGCACGAAGGAGGAUCCGCUCGAGUAAGCGACGCUCCGAGUAGCUUCCUCCUUGGUGGAAUGAGUUCCCAUCCACUGGUGUGUUGUUUGCAUAAUAAUGAAUAAUGGAUAUAAAGCGGCAGCAUUCUAGAUUUGAUAUAGUGGCUGGCGAAUCACGGCGAGCGGAAUCGUUCGCGAGAAACGUAGUCGCGGAGAAGACGGCACCAUCCCCGAUCAUACUCAUGCUUGUUAUGUUGGCGACAGGCGCAGCGGCAGCCGCCGCCAAGCAGCGUAGACACCUGGGUCAGAUCCGCGAGCACCCUUAUCAAAGGGCCGGCGCUCUCUCGUGAACACACAGAGACAGUGCGGUACACAGAGAGAAAGAGAGAGAGAGAGAAAGCGAGAAAGAGAGAGAAAAAGAGAGAGAAAGAAAACGCACUAUUCUCGCGCCAUCGCGGAAAGGUUAGUGUCUACACAGACAGUUUAUUAAGUUCUCCUUUUUUUUAUCCUUUUUUAAUAUAUAUGUAUAUAUGUACACAUACACAUACAUAGAUAUAUUUUUUUUUUUCCACUAUCUUUAUCUUUCUUACAGUGUCAUUGUCAGAAUGCUCAUUCGACGCUUUUUGCUCGAUGGUAAAUCCAGCAAAUUUAUUCCUGUAUAGAUUGAUGAAAAUGAUUUUUCGUUCGGGGAAAACGUUUAGGCUUUUCAGCGACAAGGCGCCUCAGUAACCGAGAGUUCUGAUACUGGUCAGCAGUGUUGUGGUUGCCGCACAUGCUUGAUCAGGACAGGAUGAGUCUUUUUAUUUUAGGAUUUGCCAUUGACGAGCGAAAAGUCCGGAUCAUUCUGAUGGCGAUUUAUGUUACGUUGCUUACACCUCAUUUGUGUACGAUGAAGAGCCGCGCGACGCAACACGCGUACGGUGGAUCCGUGUUUCAGCCGCGCGAAAAAUCCGCGGUGGAAUACGACCCUUCCGUGUUACUCGCCGGGCUCGUAGACGUGCGCAGCACGCAUGGCAUAAGCCAGCAGCAGCAGCGGCUAGCAAUAUGCACGUGUGUGCUCGUGCAUGUCGUCUUGUGUACCUGACGCCGCACCGAUCGACAUCGGUUUCUCUUUUACAGACGUAUUUGCACGUAGAUUCGUACGUAGAUUAUGGCCGAAGGUACAGCGGGUAGAUUGACGUCGCGAUAUCAAUGUUCCCCAAUCCGCGGAAUACGAAUCGUACGUGCCUCGGCGUCCUCAACGCGGCGUGACUGUUAUUACCCGUAAUAGUACGUGUCGGGAUAAUGGGAAAGAAAGAAAUACCGAGAGAGAUUGCGCGUGGGCGAGGGAUUGCGUGGGCAGAAGAGAACGGGAGAGUUUCUUCUGCGCGGAGAGCGAGCGUGAAACGUCCGGAAUGUCGAAAGCGCAUCCGGUAUAUUUUGAGCAUCCAAAACAAACGGUCGGCGGAACGAACAACGACGCGCAGACAGCGGGAUCGCGAUCGCGUUCGUUACGUUCACGGACAACGCUUUGCGAUAGAAUUCGGGGUCGAUCCGCUUAUAUCUCCUCCGUGUUUCGCGCGUUUCGACACCGGCGGCACCGAUCUUCCUCGCGGUGGGAUUUAUCCGCUUGGGUGAAAAUGGAGCACGCCGGAGUGCACGUUGCGCCAGACCGAAUCUAUAAUUGGCAACGCGCUGCGGCAAGAAGAAAAUUGUAAAAUAAAAUAUAUAAGGCUCAACGAGCAGCUCGCGUAAAUUUUACAGCUCGAGUUAGCGCGGUGAUUUACGAGCAGCCGCUCGUUACGUGACGACGCGGGGAAUCAUUUCACAAGGUUGCUCGAUCCUCUCUUUUCUCACGAUCACUUGGGCGAGUGCAGCGAGGUACUUUGUGUAUGUGUCUGCAGAACGGAUGUUACAUCUACGUGUAGACACGAGUGUUUUCUUAUGUACGACACGGGCUCGAGAAACUAUAAUUCGCGAUAAUCAGUCACGACGCUACUUGAGGAAAUGCCAGAAGAUUUCGCGAAAUCAUUCGACUACUUCCACAAAUGUGACGACGUACGAUUGAUUUUUCGUCUGCAUCGCACGUACGAUUCUCGUAUUCUCAAAAUUCUAUGAGAUAUCGGCAUUUACGCGUUCCGAAUCGGCCAACUCGCAAGGGAUAGUAACGCGGUAGGAUGCGAAGGUUCGAUCUCUGGUCUGUCGUUGAAAAUCGUUAUCACGAGGCAGACGUAAAGCGACUUGAUUGUCGAGAUCAUCGUACGACCAUAGAGAUACACACCGCGAUUGUUACGUAUUUUUCGUACGCUGAUUGCUCCAUGUUUCUUUUCUUGUCUGUUUCCUUUUUCUUUUAUGCGGGCUUUCAACGUUCGUACGACGGAAAAAAAGGUCGAACAACGAUUCGUGGGGAUAACAAUGCUGCCAGAGAUGGCAUCCUGCUCUCUUUUUACGUAUUUUAUUUCACUAACACGUAUUUUUUUCUGACAUAAUUGACAUUCCUUAUCAUAGAUGCAACUUCAUUACAUAGAUCGCACAAUUGCACCAUAUCUUUAUAAACUAACAGUGAUGUUUCACACACUUACACACCACAAACAGACAGACAAACACACACACACACACACACCGUGCAUAUACGAAUUAGCAUGUAUGAAUUAGGUACGCUUGAGCGAAAUAGCCGUGUCUUUUCUAAUUUUGUUUGAACUGUGCCUUGUAUUCUUACGUAAAUUAGAUUCAUACAUAUGGAUACUAGCUUUGAUAUUCAAUAGGGAGAUAACUCUGCAAUAAUGGAAAUAAAUUUAAUAAUGAUCGCACUUGUUAUUCUGGCAUCCGAGGAAGCCAUCAUUCAGUUCUUCCGACGACUCGAGUCAAGGCAUUUAAUUUGCAUAUAUGCAAUAUAUGUAUAUUCAUACACACUAAUCCAUUUGUACAUAAAUGAUAUUUCAAAAGACAGGCGAAUCAGACAUUUGGAAGGUUCUACGAUGAAAUUACGUUGAUUAAUAAUGAUUGCAGCAGUUUCGAGCAAGAUGAACAUCUCGGAAGCGAGAUAAUCCACAGACAUAGGAAAUAUAUUUAUAUGUAUAUUUCCUAUGUCUAUGGAUAAUCUUGCCAAGUCGAUCGAUUCUCGUCUCGAAAGAUUUCGUCAAGAGAUUUUGACAAAAGCACUCCCUCGUCGAAUCUUCCGUUAUUCGCAUUCGACAAUGUCAACACAAAUGAAGUUGUUAUACGUAUAAACAAGCACGUUCAGUAUAGUAUGAUGCUUUUUUAAAAAAAAGAAAAGAGAAUGCCUGAAAUUGUACUAUAUAGCCAUCUGUCCUGUAUGGCACAUGCAACACUCAUGAGCCUCUGACACCUGCUUGCUGAGAUGGGACAUUAAUCACUAAAGACCAAAUAGUAAUCGGUACGAUGCGAUACCGCAGUUAACUACGUACCUCGGUAUUUUCGUUAUGUAAUGUUUCCAUUUACCGAUGCUGGCAUGUGGUGGCAGGUGCACAUCCACAGGCUGCCUGUCUCUCGCAAAUCAUUGUAAUAUUAAAUACCAAGAGUGCAAACGAAAUCCAACAGCAGGCUGUGACCGAUCGUAUUCUUUUCUCGACAUAUACGCGCGCACACGUACAGGCAGCUACACGUUUUACAUUGACCACUGUAACGGAGACGGAUAACGGAUACGCCAGCGAGAACGAUCGGCUAGCCGAUUUUCUAUCGCGACACUCGAGCACUUGCGUGCUUCAAUAUUGUCGUCGAAAAUUGAUGGAAGAAAUUGCUCGGAGAAUCAAUCGGUGCAUCAACUAUAAAUGAUCGCUUACGUCGUGUACUUGGAAUUAUCGGAAAUCCCAUCGGGGGAAAUAGCUCCUCGCUGCUGCGUGUCCGUCCGUCCCAACGCGAGUGAUGACUCUGUCUGUCAGCUUACGAUUUUUGUGGCUUUGGUGGGCACAACACCUACCAAAGCCUACGUGUCACUUUGGAUGGACAUUCGUGACGAGAUAACAAAAAAGUGUUGGCUCGAUAGAGGAACUGAUCGACGAUGUUCCAGCGCGUCGUUGAAUAGCUACCUCGUCGCGAGGUCACGUGAAAUCACGAGAAAGUCGAUUGCUUUACACACUAAUAAUAUUACGAGUAGCCGGUGCAAAGCAAUGCUUCGCCAAAAUUCUCGAGCGAUCCCUCGAGUCCGAUUUCUCGGUUCGUAUCGCGAUUACGGAAGUUGUCCCGGUCUCCCGGCUUUCGCGAGCCGAGGAUCCAAGUUGCAAGUCGAUUCUAAUGCAUCCACGGAUACGCACACGGAGGAACGGAAGCGUUGCUUUUCACCACUAACUAUAUUUCUCUCAGCUAGCGAGCUACUAGAUACUUAAUGUUAACGUCGGUCAGUCAUAAUCAAAUUACUAACAAACUGUUUUUCUUUUCUUUCUUGUUAACCCCGGUUGCCCGUGGCCUGUAGGCUUGGAGUGCUAACAAUGGAUAUCCACUCGCCCCGUGCUAACACCUGGACUCUGGAACAGCAUCCCGCGUUCGAUCGGUUCACCAACCAGCCGACCACCUUCGCCGUCCGUCCGCGUCACCAGCCCCGUUCGUCAAGCUUAUCCAUCAUCCUGUAUCCUCUUAAUGUUCAGAAACGUACAUAAUCAUACCGCGACCGACGUCGACGUCGACGUCGACGGCGACGAUGACGAGUGCACACGCGGAUUCAGACGCGGAGUUUGUCUCUCGCAAGGAGAAAACGCACACGGAUAUGGGGAUGAAUAUUAUCGCGAGAUUCGAUUCGAUUAUCAUCUCAUGCUGAAUGAUAAAAUCAUAAAAUGUGAUCGACGAUCAAGGAGCGGAACUCGACGAAUGGCACGGCCAACGUCAAAACGCGAUACGAUGAAUCUCGUUCCCGUUUCGUGAGAAUCCGCGUGCGCGCCUCUCUCGUCGUCGCGGAAACGCGGAGCUAUUCCGGAGUUACUUUGGACGCGAACGUACAACGUUAGUUGCGUUAAAUAGUCGUAGCGCAGAUAGUUUAUCCCCGUUCCCACCCGCCACCCUCCACAGCGGGGGAGAAGAAACGAGGGGCCGGGAGGGAUCGGGAAUAUCGCCGCAGGUAUUUGAACUUUAUUUUUCUCUCUCUUCUCGCGACGACGACGACGACGACGACGAAACGUGUCGCUCGCGCUUUUCCCAGUACUUACGACCGCGCCCUGGCACCUUCGCUCUCAACUACCCGGAGCGCGGGAAUACGACGUUUAAAUGACACGCGACUUAAGCAUCGCGACGACGCAUGCACGUCGGACACGGGGACUCGUCGUGGCGAGCGCGAAGAAUCGCCGCUUCUCGCUUUCCGAGAGGAUCGCAGUGCGUUGCGACGUGCCUCCUCUGCGCGUGUCGUCUCUUUCUCUUUUCUCGCGUCGCGAGACACGUCGCGUCUCGGGGAUACCGCCGAAAUUCUGUGCGACUCUCUCGCAUAAAUGUGCCUUAUGUAACGUUAAGCGGUAGCCAGCGGCCAGACCGCGCCGCGACACCCAUUCGUUCGUUAGAUAAAGUUUCGUUAUAGGCCGUAGCCUACGUAUAACAGAUAGCGUUAGAACUGUGCAAUCAAAAUUUACUUUCUCGAUACUGCAUGCCCACGGAAAGAGAAGGGUAGGAGAGAACGCCGAACUGCAGGCUGCUCCCCUAACGAUCUCUUUCGUUACGUUGCGAGAGCUGCGAGGACUGUUAAGAUAUACGUGUAUCUAGAAUCGCGCGAAUCUAUCCCGAGGAAAAGGCUUUAAAGGUUCAUCCCGUCGGUCGAAUGGCGGCUCUACGAGAGCUUAUAUAUCGUGUAUAUAUCGCCCCAGCCACAAGUAUUAAAAGGAGCGUUGUUCGCGGAAGGUAUUUUAGAGCGUCGAUAUGUGCAAUACGUGUGUGAGCAGGAAAAGAACGAGGCGCUUCGUUCGUGCCUUGCCGAGAGCCUUGUUACAUCGAUUGCGAAGAUCUGCGACUCAAACCGCAGGAUUAUCGAACACGAUACGCAUAUGUUUACACGCGUCUGUCGAUACGUUGAUGCCUCGGCGAGCAGAACGACGCCGACGGUGCAAAGGCAAGCUGUUACCACUUUUCGCGUCGCGGAUAAAGAUAUUUCUGGGAUAUUAUAAUCACACGCAUACACGUAUAUGCGAGCACCGUCACGCGUGCAAGAGCGUCCGUGAGCGUGUGAGUAAUUUACUUGACAUCGUAUCAAUUGUCUCACUCUUUGGUCUGCCAUAUGUUUUUCACCGUUUAUGUAUAUUGUCUGAUAACGAUAUGCAUAGCGCAACGAUCAAAGACGCUUUCGAACGGUCUCUUGCACGGUGACUUGUGUGUGUCGAGCGCGUUAUACUCGUUCUUUCCACAGGUACUUUCGAAUUUUCGUCCAAAUACCGUUUUCUUCUCCGCUAGAUACCGAUAGCUUGGUCCUUCGUGUAUAUAUACAUAUACAAGUGUUAUAUAUAAAAGUAUAUACACAAAUACAGUUUAACGAAUUAAGAGUGAUCUGAAAUCUACUUAAGUUCACACGUAAAUAUUCGAUAUACAUACAUACAUACACGUACACAUAUAUAUUAAUAUAUACAUAUAUGUGUAUAUGUAUAUAUAUUUUAUUAUUGUACGUAAAUAAUUGAUGAUGAGAUCUAACGGAAUCUUUUCAAUAUCGUUGUCUUCUAGUAAAUGCGAUUAUAUAUGUACACACGAGUUGUUUGCGCACUCGCGAGCGCGCAGUCGAUUAUAUACGGGACGAAUAUGUAUACUCUUUAUGUAUAUGCUGUCUAAUAUAUGUAUGCGCGUAAAAACGUAAAUUAUUAUACAUGUAUACAUAAUGUAUUAUACAUACGCACUGACUCAGUUAAACAUGCGGACGGUACGAAUAAAUGUGCUCGCAGUUCACUUUUGCGUCAAACGAGAGUUUGCAAUUGUCCAGAAAUCGGAAAUUAUGUUUACGAGGGGUAGGUUUAUUUCAGUUUGGGGAGACGGGCAUGUGCCCGCGCCAAGAUAAUGCAUCGUUCGUUUCGGAAAGGAACAAAAAAAAAUAUCGCUUGAAAUUAUCAUCGCGCAAAAGUAAGUGCCGACACGAUUUACUUGUAUCCCUGUGUGUGUGUUAUCAUAUUUAUAUAUGUACACAGAUAAGUUGCAUAAAGAAUCAUGUAUGUGCAAGCAAUCUUGUUAGAUUUUACAGCAUGUGAAUUUACAUUUAUUAUUCUAUAUAGUUGUAUGGUUUUUUUGCCGAAAUUUAUUAUACAUAUGAUAAUUUUUUAGUUUCAUAUUUUAUUUUAACGUUGAUACGUGCAGGAUAUACGUGGCAAUAUUAAUGUGUAAGCGAAAAAUGCGCAAAAGCCGACUCUGAUUUCUGAAAUCUCGGAAAGAUCUGAUUACGAAUUCAUAGUAUAACACUGUACGCUACUUAUGGAAAAUUUACGACUUGCAAUGUGAAAGUGCAAAUACAAUAAAAUAGUUUAUACUGAGACAUGUAUAAAUACCAUGAACGGCAAUAAAAAUAUUUUUUCAA